UGUGACAGACAUGCUGGGGGCGGCGAGCGCACUGCAGCUGAUGGUGGCGCUGGCCACGGCCGCGGCCGCGGCCGGCGCGCCGCGCGAUGUCUUCACCAACUCGUUCCUGGUGCGGCUGCGGGGCGCGCCGGGCACCGCCGGCGCCGACCAGGUGGCGGCGCGCACCGGCUUCCUCAACCUGGGGCCGGUGCUGGGGUCGGACCGGGAGUUCCAUUUCGUGCACCGCGCGCUGCCGCACGCCCGCAGCAAGCGAAGCGUUCCGCACGUCCGCCGCCUCAAGGUGGACCCCCUGGUGGAGGCGGCGGUGCAGCAGACGGGCUUCCGGCGCGUGAAGCGCGGCUACAAGCCGCUGCGCGUGGAGAACCUGGUGAAGAACAUGCGGCCGCAGCGCGACCCGGCCGACCCCUACUUCCCCUUCCAGUGGUACCUCAAGAACACCGGCCAGAACGGCGGCAAGGCCAAGCUCGAUCUCAACGUCGAGGCCGCCUGGGCUCAGGGCGUCACCGGCAAGAACGUCACCACCGCCAUCAUGGACGACGGUGUGGACUAUAUGCAUCCAGAUCUCAAACAUAAUUACAACGCUCGCGCCAGUUACGACUUCAGCAGCAACGACCCCUACCCCUACCCGCGGUACACGGACGACUGGUUUAACAGUCACGGGACCCGUUGCGCUGGUGAGGUGGCAGCUGCCAGGGACAAUGGGGUCUGCGGUGUGGGCGUGGCCUAUGACUCCAAGAUAGCAGGUAUCCGCAUGCUGGACCAGCCCUACAUGACGGACCUGAUUGAGGCCAACUCGAUGGGCCACGAGCCGAAUCUGAUCGACAUCUACAGCGCCUCCUGGGGGCCCACGGACGACGGCAAGACGGUGGACGGGCCGCGAAACGCCACCAUGCGAGCCAUCGUCCGGGGCGUCAACGAGGGCCGGAACGGCCUGGGCAACAUCUACGUGUGGGCGAGCGGCGACGGCGGCGAGGACGACGACUGCAACUGCGACGGGUACGCCGCCAGCAUGUGGACCGUGUCCAUCAACAGCGCCAUCAACGACGGCCAGAACGCGCACUACGACGAGAGCUGCUCCUCCACGCUGGCCUCCACCUUCAGCAACGGCGCCAAGGACCCCAACACCGGAGUCGCGACGACGGACCUCUACGGGAAAUGCACGACGACGCACUCUGGCACGUCAGCGGCCGCUCCGGAAGCGGCAGGCGUCUUCGCGCUGGCGCUGGAGGCCAACCCGCAGCUGACGUGGCGGGACAUCCAGCACCUGACGGUGCUCACGUCGAAGCGCAACUCGCUGUUCGACGCGAAGCGGCGCUUCCACUGGACGAUGAACGGCGUGGGCCUCGAGUUCAACCACCUGUUCGGCUUCGGCGUGCUGGACGCUGGCGCCAUGGUGGCGCUGGCCAAGCAGUGGCGCACCGUGCCCGCCAGGUUCCACUGCGAGGGCGGGGCCGUCAACGAAGCGCACGAGAUCCCGUCGCGCGGCCCACUGGUGCUGAAGAUCUCGACGGACGCGUGCCGCGGCACCGACACGCAGGUGGACUACCUGGAGCAUGUGCAGGCCGUCAUCACGCUGAACGCGUCGCGCCGCGGGGACCUGGAGCUCUUCCUCACCUCGCCCAUGGGAACCAGAUCGAUGAUCUUGAGCAGGCGUGUUAAUGAUGAUGAUCAUCGCGAUGGGUUCACCAAAUGGCCAUUCAUGACAACUCACACAUGGGGAGAGUAUCCACAGGGCACAUGGACAUUAGAGGUUGGCUUCAAUUCACCAAUACCACAAACAGGUUUCCUAAAAGAAUGGACUCUGAUGCUGCAUGGCACACGUGAUCCACCAUACAGUGAGCUACCUGUCACCGAUCCACACUCCAAGCUAGCCAUUGUGAAGAAGGCCCAUGAAGAGCGCAGCAAGUUGUAGGAUUGUCCAAAAGCUGUGACCUUAUAACAUAAUAGCAGUAGACAUGGUAUGCCACUUUGAUGCGAUGGCUAAUUACACUAAACCCACUAAUACAUAGUUCUCUGGCAUCAAACACAACAACAUUCUGAGAUGUUUGAAGUAACUUCCUUUCCUCUGUAAAAUUAUUUGGUUUGACAAGUAAGUCACAAGACUUCUUAAUUUAUAUCUUUCAUAACAUACAAUCAAGCCCCAAAGUUCCUACCAUGUCUCACACCCUUAUAGAGAAGAUUCCUGGAAAUACUUAUAAAAAUUCUUCAUCCAUAAUUUUCUUCUGAGCUCUGCUGUGUUGGUACCAAUAUUAUUUGGGUAAUGUUGGUGUUCAACAAUAUGCAAAACUUUUACUUACUAUAUUGUGCAGGUUUUCAUAUUUUAACUGAAUGCAACACAGCAGCUGCAAUUCCUUUUCUAAAAGCAAAGAAGAAAAAGCUUCUUCUGUACACCUACCUUCAUGUAGACAAAAUGAAUUUGAGGUAGAGAGUGCAAACCAAUAUGGAAAUUAAUAGACUUUCAUAUCUUACCUACAAAUUACAGAUCUGCAUCAAACUUAUUCACCAAUAGUGUAGAACGUAUAACAGAGUAACAUGGCAAGAAAAGAUCAUUUAUCACAUUACAUCAGUAGUUGCCUGAAUAAAAUUAUGGGGAAAAUGGUGAAUACGAGAGUCAAAUAUUCAAUUUAGAAAGAUUGGAUCUGAGAAUGAAGACAAUGAUUGUAUUACAUAAAAAUGAAAGGUUACUUUUCCCCUUGAUAAAUAGUCAAGAAUUUUGAACACAGUAGGCCUUAAGGCUUCUGAACUAUUUAUGAAAAUGUUUUGAAGUCACUAUGAAAGCAAAUGUAUCAAAUCAAAGUCAGGGAGAAAAAAAUUGGAAAUUUGGGGAUCACUCUUAAAUGAAAAAUAUCAUUUCAUGUUUAUUAAUUAAGUUAGUAAGAGAAAUAUUCCUAGUACAAGGGAAAAAAUUUUGAGCUGUUGACAAAAUAUGCUGUAAUACUGAUGUUCUAAUGGUUUUCUCAAUUAUCAGUACUAAUAGAGUUAUUUCAGAAUAUCAAAUAAACUAUUACUUCAAUUAGUUCAUUUAUUAUGCAAAGUUCAUUUUUUCUCCAAGUCUUUAUAUGAUGACUAAGUAUGUUCCAAAAAUUUACAGUUUUAAAUUAUUUUUUAUCAGACUGAAUAUUUUACAUGUUACUGUUUUCCACAUGCAGUGAAUAAAUUAUAUCACUAGCACCAUAUGCAUACACAAAGUCUGAAGAAAUAAUAUGCAACAAAUAUAAUCACUCCCUUGGUAAGUGGUUGAUUAACAGGGUACUCACUGUUACACAAUCUCAGCUGGUAUGCCUACCGUUUGUUUGACAGCUUUUCCCUACCAUGUCUGAGAAAUGUCAGUCUGCCAGUGCACAAAAGGUUUUGUCCAUCAAAAUGUGUUUUCUGUAAUUCAUUAUUUUAAAAUAUUUCAGACUAUUUUCUUCAAAUCUGUAAUUUCAAUGAAAAACUUAAGCUUAGAUAUGCAGCUAUGACUAAAAUUAAAAUUCUUCACAUUACCAUAAAUGCCUCUGAGUAGGAUUUCAUACUUAUUUGCACUCUUUACCUCUGAUACCCCUCUUUUAUUUAAAAAAGACACUGUAGAAAUAAAUAGCAGUAAUUAGUACCUUAUUUUGAGAGCAAUCAAGCUGUUGGACAAGAUUGGUGAGCAUUAAAAUGAGUAUCAUUUUUACAUACUUUUUACUUUCCAAAAUCAUUGCAGAGUACUGAACUCUGUGUGAAAGUAUUAAAUGUUUAUUUUGUGAUACAUACAGUUUAUGCAUUACUGUACCUGCUGUUAUUUAUUUAUUUUUCCUCAGAGACUGUUUCUUGUAAAAUGAAUUAUUGUAUCUGGUAGAUUGUUGUUAAUAUCAAAGUGGAGGUUAAAUUCUAUUUUUAUAAUUUUAUUCUUUUGUUAGUGAAUUGUUAUCUGGAGCACAAAUGUUUCAUUCUGCAAAUAAAAACAAACAGUAUCUCUACAAAUGAGAAUCAAACUUACUGUUUAAGACAAAUAUCACUACAACAGUUUUCUUCUUUCUUUACCUGUUCUAAGAAUAAAUUUAUGAACAGUUCAGUCAUUCCCUGUACAAUAAUAUUAGCAUGAAAGAGCACUGUAUACAGCAUACGUGGGCGAUGAAAUCCUAAAUAGUAGUUCUUAAUAUGCUUCAUGCAGUAACACUCUCUGUGAAAACAGAUCUCUCUGAGUUUCAUAAUCAGAUGUCAUUGUGGCUGAACUGUCAAAAGUACAAAUAAAUGUCAAGCUCUAGGAAGCCUGAUGUUAUCUACUUUUAUGCUAAAUUAUUGCUUCUCUUCCAUUCAUAACUAUAAGUAUAAAUUUCUUCUGUCAAUGUGUGAUGACUCAGCUUCUGGAAUAAUAUAACCACUUUGACACUUCCCUCUGUAAAGAAUUUUCCUGUAACUGUUCAACAGAAUGUGUUUGAUUAGCUGAUCUAUGUUAUCAAUCUGACGUAAAUAUUAUUAGAGUGAAAAUUUCCUUUUAUUUCUGUACAAAUAAAAAUAAAUUAUGUUCCUUCCAAACAAUCCAGAUAUUAUUUCCCCUUUUUAAGGUCUCAUACCAAAUAUAAUUUUAUAAUGAAGUUCAUAGUACAUAUAUUUCCACAUGUAAAAAGAAACAAUUUUUACAAUAAAUGAAAAUUGGCAACUACUUUUUUCACUCAAAACCAAGAACAAUUUGUCAGUGCAGUGCAUCAUGGAAACCUUUCCUUUUCUUUAUAACAGAUUAAUGUUGACACUGUUGAUGUUAUUCCUCUCUUUUUAACAGCUGAAUCUCAGAGUUCUUGAUUUCAUGUUGACCAAAUAACCAAAUGGCCUUCAUAUUACAAUCAGUUAACCAACUGAAGCAUCCUUAACUAGUAAUAUGAGGGGCCUAACUGGACCAGCUAUUCAAUUGCUUAGCUGAAUUAUCUUCUAUGCCUACAUGAGACUAUGAAUGGUGAAAAGUCUUGCUACAAAAAAUGCUUAUUGCUGAACCAACUUCCAGCAAAUGGCAUUCUUCUGUCCCUUCCCCUUUCAUAUUCCCCUCCCCCUCCCUCUUCCUCUCUCUCUCUCUCUCUCUCUCUCUCUCUCUCUCUCUCUCUCUCUCUCUCUCUCUCUAUCUCUAUCUCUAUCUAUCUAUCUAUCUAUCUAUCUAUCUAUCUAUCUAUCUGUCUACCUAUCUGUCUGUGUAAUCAUACCUGUCUCAUUCUCUCUCCUGAUGUUAUCAUAUAACUGUGUGAGUGAAAGUUUGAAAAUGUUGUGGAGAAACUGGAGUAGAAUACCAUUUUCCAUUCUUCUCUUGUCCCACAUUGUGCAUAAUUUUCCAUGAUCUUAUCUUAUUCAUGUUUCUUGCCUUCCAUGUGCUCAGAUUAGCCCAGUGCUUGCACAAAAUGAACUGAAUCACCAGAAGUAAUAUGAAUGGAAGUUCAGCAGCUCACAAUAACCCUUUUCUUUUUGCAUGUUUCUUUAUUCUUAUUUAGCAUCUUAAUCAUGACUGAUGAUCUGAGUUGUUGCUUUCAUACCCUCUAUAAUGUUCCGUUCUCCACGAUUACAAUUAAAAUGUGAUUAGAUUUAUGGAACAAAGCUGUUUCUUUUAUGGAAACAAACACAUUACAGAAAACAUACUCAGAAAGUUAAAAGUAAUUAACAGUCUGUCACUUCCAGAUUAGAUAUUUCAUAUUGAAAUUUUGGAAAAUUUAAGUCAUUUUUGAGACUGUUUACUGCAGAAAUUUUGGUGUAUAACUAUAAUAAAAGUGAAUUAAUUGUAAAGCUAAAGUAACUGUUCAUAUCAACAAAGUCUCCAUUAUUACAAAUAUUUUUAAUUUACAAUUUACAUCCAUACUCAGAUUACCUAAAAAUCAGUUCACAUAAAUGUCAAAAAAAGGGGAAGAAGAAAAUAGCUUAAUUUUUGUGAAAUGAAAUUGACAUAAACAAUUUGGAAAUGUAUCAGACUAAGAAGCUCCAUACUCCAUGCAAGAAGCUAUUUUGAAAUGAAUUUGUGACACUAGUUUUCCUUUUGCUACAAGUAUGAUCUUAUAUCCAAACAUAUUCUCUGCACAACAUCAAGAUGUAAAUGGGAUAUUCACUAUUUUUAAAUGUCUCCAGUAACACUACUUUCAAUAUUUUCUCAUAAUAGUUAUAAAUAUUGCUUGCAUAAUAUUGAGAAGCACUUUGUUUCUUGUUUUUCUGUUCCUCUAUAUCAUAAAUUAAAUGCUCCAAAUUCUCAGAAGCAUUCUAUGAUCUGAACGAGUGGGCAGAUUCAAGAAAGCAUUUUUACUGUUGAUUGGUGGUACAGAACAGUAGCUUUAUUUUCUUUUGGCACAGUUUUUUGUGUAUUUUUGUUUAUGUUCUACAGUUUCUACCUUCCUGUAAUUGCAUCAGACUUUUGCUGUGGUAUUUUACUCUCUCUCUCUCUCUCUCUCUCUCUCUCUCUCUCUCUCUCUCUGUCUCUUUCUCCCUCCCUCCCUCCCACUCUCUCUGUGUGGUGCAUGUGUGUUUCCAUGCUGCAUCAUUAUAUUAAUAUAAAUGUUAUUAUUACAGUUGGCAUACCUAUUGUUAUUGUCAGUGAAACGCACUCAGUACCAAACAUUAUUAUUCAUAUCAAUAUUAUUAUUAUUAUUAAUUAUAUAUAUUCAUCUCAAUUGAUACUAAUCUACUUGCAUUUGUAUUAGUAUAUUGUGUGAUGUUCAGCACUGACACUAGCACAAAUGUUGACAUUGUACAAACUAAGUGUGGGAUAUUCUGUUUAACAGUACAGUAGUGAAAUAAUUACUACAGUGAUGGUUUUUAUGAAGUCACAAUGUAAAUAAUAUAACUGCCAUAUAUUAUUAUACUGAAAGAAAGAUUUUAUUUCUCUGUAUCACUUUUAUUUAUCAUUAUUUACAGAAAGUAGUCUACAAUAUCAAAAUUCGUAAAACAAUAUGAGAAAAAUUAAAAGGAACUAAUACAGGUGUGACUUUUUAUCUCCAUGGAACAGCAGUGUUCAUUAACUUUACCAAUUUAUAGAUACCCAUAUAUCAAAAUAGGAAAGGCAUUUCUCUUUGCUUGAGAGCCUCUUUUUUUUUCUUUUCUGCCCAUAAACAAAGUCUGUUAAUACUUGGUACAUAAAUUACAAACAAACUGUAAUGUAAACAGAGGGGGUGUCACAGUUUAUGUAUUUUGUAUAUUACAUUUUGAAUUUCUUCUUCUUUCAAGUAUACUGUACUGACUCUAUGUAAUAAAUUACUAGUGAGACAUGACUGCAUAGGGAGAUCAGUAUUGUUAACAUCCAGUUGCAGUUUUACAGUGCUGUUUACAAGGAAUGGAAUACUGUUUUUAUUGAAGGUCUGAGAAAACACAUCAUGUGUGUAUAUAUAUGUAGGUAGAAAUGUUUAUAGUGUGUAAGAAAAAUGUAUUACAUAAACAAAUCCAUCUCUUCCUCUUUAAUACUGUAGUGCCAGUCAACUGAAAAAUAGCUUGUCUUAAGAUAGUGCGUUCUUCUUCACUAAAGUAGGUUUCAGACUGGUGAAAACAAAGUCUAUUUACAGCUGUUAGUGCUUGAAGUAAUAAAGUAGGGAUAUUCUGUACUAAUGACAUAAUUGUAUAGGCAGAUUUUCAGCAAAAUGUGUCAGUACAGCUUAGAGGGACCAGAGAUAUAUUUAAAUACAUUCCCUAUUUGUCUACCUACAACAUAUUAAACAGCACUGAUGUAACUGACUGUCAUAUUUCAUCAUUAUAACACCAAGUGGUGUUACAUAAAUAUUUUAUGGUGUUUACAGUUCUUUUAAAAUAUAUACCAGCACAGUGACAGAAUGAGUAAUUAUUGUUUAUUUUAUGUGCAUUCCAUUUAUUUUUAUUUUUAACUGCAAAUAACAAACCACAAAAUAUGUCAUAUUCUCUUAUAAGCACACGUUCAAACGAAAAUGUGGGAGCAAGAUAUUGGAAAGUGACAAAUGAAGCAUACUCUCAUUCAGAAAAUAUUUUAUUGUAAUUUUAUGUAAUAUCAUAGACAGACAUGUAAAGUAUAUGCUUACUGUAAUGGCAAAAGGAAAUAAAAUAUGGUUCAUUUCUUAA